UUGGCAAUGUUCAAAAUCCUUCAACUGGAAGCAAUGAUUUUAGAAGAAUUUUCAAAACAAAGAAAAUAAUAUCUCUACUUAAUAUGGACAAGGUCACACGCUAGGCUUCUGCUAUAUUGUCAUUUCCCAAGGCAUCUAAACCAGAGAGCUGAUAUCAUGGCAGUUGAAAAGUUUGGAAUUGCCAAAGAUGUUACAGAAUUGAUCGGUAAAACUCCAUUAGUAUAUCUGAAUAAAAUCGCGGACGGUUCUUUUGCCCGGGUUGCUGCCAAACUAGAAUUGAUGGAGCCAUGCUCAAGUGUAAAAGACAGGAUUGCGUUUAGUAUGAUUGCUGAUGCGGAGGAAAAAGGGAUUAUCACACCUGGACAGAGCAUCCUGAUUGAGCCAACGAGUGGGAAUACUGGCAUUGGCUUAGCAUUCCUGGCAGCAGCCAAGGGUUACAAGCUUAUAAUUACAAUGCCUGCUUCAAUGAGUCUUGAAAGAAGAACCAUUCUUCUGUCUUUUGGGGCUGAGUUGGUUCUGACAGAUCCUGCGAAAGGAAUGAAAGGGGCAGUUCAGAAAGCUGAAGAGAUAUUAGCUAAGACUUCCAAUGCCUAUAUACUUCAGCAAUUUGAAAACCCUGCCAAUCCUAAGGUACAUUAUGAAAGUACAGGUCCAGAGAUAUGGGAAGGCUCAGGAGGGGAAGUUGAUGCACUUGUUAGUGGUAUAGGAACUGGUGGCACAAUAACUGGUGCAGGAAAAUUUCUUAAAGACCAGAAUCCUAAUAUAAAGCUGUAUGGUGUGGAACCAGUUGAAAGUCCAGUUCUCUCAGGAGGAAAACCUGGUCCACACAAGAUUCAAGGGAUUGGUGCUGGUUUUGUCCCAGGAGUAUUGGAAGUUAGUCUUUUAGAUGAAGUAGUUCAAAUAUCAAGUGAUGAAGCAAUAGAAACUGCAAAGCUUCUUGCACUUAAAGAGGGUCUAUUCGUUGGAAUAUCAUCUGGAGCUGCAGCUGCAGCUGCCAUUAAGAUAGCAAAAAGACCAGAAAAUGCUGGAAAACUAGUUGUUGUUAUUUUCCCAAGCUUUGGUGAGAGGUACCUGUCCUCCGUGCUGUUUGAAUCAGUCAGACGGGAAGCUGAAAGCCUUACUUUUGAAUCCUGAUUUCAUGUGGCGGAUUCUAAUGGCUAAGUCAGUGGUCCUUGUGAUACAGAUUGCGAUUCUCAAAUAAACACUACUUCGGAAGAAAAUAAAGGAAAUGUUGUUACUUACGCUGCAGACUUCUGAAAUUAUUUAGAAUGCCACUUUUUUUGUGGAUAUAAUCUAUGGUUUC